AUGACCACAACAAUCAGCACCGUCGUCCGGACCUCAGUGGCUCUACCAGCUCCUGAUCAAGUCUUGCCCUAUAACUUCGGCUACCCUGGUCCCGUCGUCGGCCCCUUCCCAACGACCUUCCUCACCACCACCCGAUCAACCCCCUCCUAUCCCGGCCCAAUCAUAGGCCCAGAUGGUAUGGUCGAAGUCUGCGUCGACGGCAUCUGCCCGACCAGCUUCGACGAAGUCGCCAGAAUGACUCCGUCCUCCGUCCACUCUCCUGGUGCCAUCUCCGUGGCUCUCACCAAAGCCACGCCAAUCAAGCGCGACUCCUCCGCCCCCUGCGUCAUCCACGACUGCGCUCUCGGUCCCGAAAAUGGCAAGGACUCCGCCUUCGUCGCCACCGCCGCCCGAGUCGCCAACGUCAUCGCCACAGAACUAGGCGAUGCACCACACAUCACACCCGCACCCGUCCUCAUCCUCCCCAAGCGCGGCUUCAACCCCUGGUCCCUCGCGACCGAGUGGAUCAUGCACACCAAACCAGUGGGUCCCCCAAAGUCCCACGUACCCAGCAUCGAAGACGUCUCAGCCAUAGACACGCCAGCCUACACCAUCAACGACCCUCACGACCCUGACAUGGAGCGACCCCAGCCCACCGAUGGCCCAGCGAGUCCGGGGCUAGAAUGGCAUUGUGAGCCGAAGAAACAUGUCUGGGAUCACGGGAAGUGUGGAUGGCAGUUGGUGGCCCAGCCUGGGGAUGCCGAAAAGGAUCCCAAUGAGCAGGUGUGCAAUGAUGGGCUCAUUGGGCCGUGCGAUGGUCUCACUGGGCAGUCUGUUGAUCCCGCCGCGCCUAACCCGGAGGUUACCCGUGGGCCCUGGAUUUCAUCUUUGGGCUUUGGAGAUAUCUUCGACGGGACUGAGGUAGAGGAGGGAUUGGAGGUGAAGGGCGCGGAGGCGAAGGUGCAGAAGCGGUGCUGGAAGGACUGGGGAAAUUGGUGUACGCUUUUCACUGGCAAGAAUCAUGAUGAGAAUGGUAAUGAGCUCCCGACUUUGCCGAUUGAUCAUUGA